AUGUAUAGACCGGGACGAAGAAAUAGAACAAAUGAAAAUGAUGUUAAAGGUCCAAACUCUGCCUUAACUCAAUUUUUAAAACAGGAAGGUAUUAAUGCAGAAACUAUUAGGAACAACUGGCUAGAGCAUCAGAAGAAAAAGAAAGAGAAGGAAGAGGAAGAGUCUAAUAUUGAACAACAAAGCAGUAAUAAUGGAAGUGCCCCGAAAAAUAAGGUUAUUGUUGUUAAAAAGGAAGCUGGAGAUGGGAUAGAAGCUGAGAUUCAAGAGUCAAGCGAUUCAUCAGCAACAGAAUCCGAUCAAGAUAAGGCAGAUUUAUCCAGAUUUUCACGUAGAUUAAGAAGUGCUCAAAAUGAUAGUGACGAAGAAGAAUAUGAUUCUAUUAGCCUUAGUACAACCACCACUUCUAAUUUAACCAAAGAAGUUGAGAAGGAAGAAGAAGAAAAGAAUACUAAAAGGAAAAAACAGGUCCUGCAAGCAAGAAAAAAAAGAAGAAAGAAAGCUGCAAAUUUGUUAGAUCGGAAAACCUUUAUAAUACCGACUUUACAAUCUAUUUGUAUAUCAAACAUUAGUGAAAACAUAUUGAAACUUGAAAAGAAGAAUAUUACUGAAAACAUACCAACUGUAAUAGGAAAUUCUACCAAUACAGAUUCAUCAUAUAAUAAAGAUUCACCUGAUACAUAUUCCCAUUUACGACAGGUUUUUGGGGGUAUAUCAGUCGAUAAUCUAAAUAAUUUAGCAAAAGCUCUUUCUAAAAACCGAGCCUUAAAUGACACCACACUUCAAUUAUUUUUGAAGACAAAUUUAACAGCAUUAGAAUUUCAUGACUGUUCCAAAAUAUCUUACGAUGGCUACAAAACAUUAGCCAUAUUUUCUCCUUAUUUAAAGAGUUUAACAUUAAAUAUGUGUGGACAAUUAAAUAAUGAAGCUCUUCUGUUUAUAAUGGAAAAAUUGCCGAAUUUAGAAUCACUAUUCUUGGAUGGUCCAUUUCUUAUCAAUGAACCUACAUGGUCCAAGUUUUUUGAAGGAAUGAAAGGUCGUUUGAAGGAAUUUCACAUAUCCAAUACUCAUAGAUUUACAGAUAAGAACUUGUCAUCUUUACUAGAAAAUUGUGGGCCUGAAUUAAUUUCCUUGGGCUUUUCUAGAAUGGAUUCACUUUUCAAUUAUUCAUUAAUACCACAAUACUUGACAAACCAAGAAUUUCAUACAAUUUCGCUUCAAUAUCCCUAUAACGAGGAUGAUGUUAAUGAUGAAACAGUGAUUAACAUAUUAAGUCAAAUUGGUAAAAGCUUAAAAAGCUUAAAUUUAAAUGGAUGUACAGCAAUAACAGAUGUUUCUAUAAUUAAUGGAUUUAGUGCAUUCUUAGCAGAUAACCACAUCUUAGAAGAGCUUUCGAUAGAAGAAUUGGACCAAAUUACUGAUGAUUCCAUGGUUUAUCUUUUUUCUACUACUUCUUUCCCAAAGUUAAAAGCUUUAAGCCUGCAAAAAUGUAUUAAUUUGGGAAAUGCUUCUAUUGUAGAAUUAUUUUUAAGUGAAGCUAAGGAUUCUAUUUUGGAUCUAAAUUUAAACAGUUUAAAACAAUUGACACAAGAAAGUUUCACUCAUAUGUUCUUGCCAGAAUUAAGGCAUCUAAACAUGUCAUUUGUUCGUUCAGUGAAUAAUGAUGUUGUGGAGCUGAUUGGGAAGCAAAACUUAAAUAUUUCCUUAUUAGAAGUAUUUGGGGAUAAUUUGGUGACAGGUGAUGCACUUAUAAGAGAUGGUUUAACGAUUAUAGGACGACAAAGUGACAGCAUAUGA